GCUGCUUGAGUUUUGUUUUGAGACAGUCCAGUUGCAGUAGUUGGCAGUUGCACGGCGGGCGGCGCACGAGUUGAACGGGUUUCGUGUAUCAUCGUUUAGCGCCGUGUAAAAUGAACGGGUCGCAUUUCGACACGCGUCGCGACUCACCGCGCUCGCUCCGCCGAUAACAUCUGCAAAAUUCGAUAUUUAGCUCGUGACACCGUGAUAGUGUCGUUCGAUUUCGCAUGACGCGAUAGUAUCGGCCAUGUGAUAAGCGGCUCGAAGCCGCCCGCUAAUAUCUACCCCCGCCGAAAAAGGGAUAAAAACUUAAAAUUCCUGGAAUGCACACAUGCGGACGACGGGUAACAGUGGGUGCGUUUGUUGAGGUAGUCCUAUUACGAUGCCGCGAAGAAGUAAGUGGAUGCAUCUGGUGGCUGGCGUUGUAGCCGGCGUCACGCUCGGUGUGUUUUUGAAAUUGUGCUUAAGGACAUCUUCGAGGACUUCUAUUGAAGCAUGUCCAGAUGCGGCAAAAUUGUACGUCGCUCCGGACCCUUUAUCAAUUAUAGAUUUAAGAACUGAUGAAACGAUUUACAAUUCUAACAGAACCCUAGUGUUUGUUGGUGUUAUGACAGCGGAACAAUAUUUAACUACGAGGGCUAGGGCUGUCUUUGAUACUUGGGCGCAAGAUUUACCUGGACGGAUUGCCUUUUUCAGUUCGGAAGUGUCGCGGGCGCCGGGACUACCUCUUAUUCCAUUGCGCAGCGUUGAUGAUAGCUAUCCUCCUCAAAAGAAAUCUUUUCUUAUGUUGCUAUACAUGUACGAGCACUAUGGUGAAAGGUUUGAGUGGUUCAUGCGUGCGGAUGACGACGUUUAUGUUAGAGGAGAUAAAUUAGGAGAGUUUUUACGUUCGGUGGAUAGUAGAAAACCUCAAUUUAUAGGGCAAGCGGGAAGAGGCACAAGCUCUGAAAGAGACGCUUUAGCAUUAGAUUAUAAUGAAAACUUUUGUAUGGGUGGACCUGGAGUGCUUAUAUCUCGAGAAACAUUGAGACGAGUCGCUCCUCAUGUCAAGUAUUGCCUGAAGCACCUUUAUACGACACACGAGGACGUCGAGCUGGGUCGAUGUGUAGCCAAAUUUGCUGGGGUGUCUUGCACCUGGAGUUACGAUAUGCAAACGAUCCUACAUCACAACGGGAGCGGCGCGGCCGCGUACACUGGGCGACUCAAGAAGAGGGAGGUGCACCGUGCAAUUACGUUACAUCCAGUGAAGGACCAUCGACAGAUGUACAGAUUACAUACGUAUUUUAAGAAUCUUCACAUCCAGGAUCUCAGAGAACAGUCACUAGAUCUGCACAGAGACAUAUCGUCAUCAGUUCGGGAACUUGGCGUCGCAACCGAGGAGGUGGCAAACUUCGUGCUCCCUGGCGAUGUACCACUCUUCCCUGUAAAAAUAGGAGAACCGGGAUACUUGGGAAACAAUAAAAUUUUAGGUGCUCCAAUUGACUUUAAUAGAUACAAACCGGACACCGUGGAGGACAUCGUGCCCUUCGAUUUUGUUAGCAAGUCUAUUUAUUCAGUAAGCCAUUCUAACCCUAAGCGGAGGAUCGAGACUCCGCUGAAAGAGGCUUUGGAUGACGUCAUACGCGAGGUGAUGGAGAUAAUAAAUGCGCCGUCACGACAGCGCGGGCGCGUGAUUGAUUUUAAUGAGUUGCUGUACGGUUACACGCGCCUGCAGCCGCUGCACGGUGCCGACCAUGUGUUGGACCUCCUGCUGCGCUACCGACGUUACCGCGGACGCAAGCUCACCGCCGCCGUGAGGCGACACGCAUACCUGCAACAGUCCUUCACGGGGACAGACAUACGAGAGUUGCCGAUGGGCGAACCGCCACCAGUCGAAGAGCCCGAAAUACUUGAACAAUUAGAUCUUAAUGGGAAAAACUAUCAAAACGAUUACGAAGACUUCGAUGAUCCACAGAGUCAAAACAGUUUCCUUGAUAUCAGCAAAUUGAAUGUCAGAGAAGCGUUCCAAAACAGUUUACUUAAAAUACAGAAUAAUUUACCAAAAGUCCUGAAAUGGAGUGACGAUGAAUACGAAUACCCGAUUUAUGAUAGACGAAUACAUUUCGUUCUACCAUUGCUGGGAAGGUUUGAAGUGUUCAACCGAUUCAUGAAGAAUUACGAAGAUAUUGUCUUAAAAAGCGACGAAGCUGUGUCGCUAAUCGUAGUACUAUAUUUAGAUAGCAAAAGUCCAUUAGAUUAUUCAAAUUCAGAAUCUUUGGUGAACCACUACAGAGAUGUCUAUGGAAAAGAUAUAAAGAUAGUCCAAAUGGGUUCAACGACAUUCUCCAGAGGUGCUGCCUUAACAGAAGGUAUCAAACAGUGUUCUAGUGACAAUCUAGUGUUCUUCAUAGACGUGGACAUGAUGUUUAACCACGUGACCCUCAGGAGAAUACGGAUUAACACGGUUAAAUACCACCAAGUGUACUUUCCAAUAGUAUUUAGUGAAUACAAUCCUGAGGUCGUUUACGGCGACGAUUACAAUAAGUUCAAAGACGAAACAUUCGUAAUGAAUACAGAUUUAGGUAAAUACGUUGAAAGUGACGAUGGUGCUACUAAAAGUGAUAGAGAAUUAGCAAAUUUGAAAUAUAGUAAAGUGAUAAAUGAUGAUUUCGGUUAUUUCAGACAAUACGGUUUUGGUAUACUUAGUAUUUAUAAAUGUGACUUUGAUAGAGUCGGUGGUUUCGAUUUGAAUAUAAAAGGGUGGGGUUUGGAGGACGUGCAAUUGUUCGAGACAUUAAUAAAAUCUAAUUUAACGGUGUAUAGAAUAGCGGACGAGACGUUAGUGCAUAUAUUUCAUUCUGUUGACUGUGAUAAGAAAUUGGAAAAGAGUCAAUUCCUCAUGUGUCUCGGAACAAAGGCUUCGACUUAUGGGAGCGAGAAACACAUGACAUAUUAUAUGCUUAAUCAUCCUGAAGUCCUAUGGCCGCAGAAGGAGAAAGGUGCCAGCUAGUAUAGAGACUGUUAUAGGUUAUUUUCGAAUUUAAUUUUUUUUGGUUUUACAAUUAAUUUGUGAUUUUAAAAUUUCGAAAUGUUGUAGAUCAGAUUUUUAUUAUUUUGACUUAAUUUUGACAUGUAUCAUAGUGUAAGAAAUUAUUUAAUAAUAAAAUGUCACGUUCUGUAUUAUAAUAUUAUUGUAAAAUGUGUUUAUUAGAUUGAAAAUUUUGGUCUGAACCAGGCAUUUUCAGUGGCAUUUGAGUAUAAAAAAUCCUAAUUUUUGAAGCAUUUAUAUAUACAUACUUAGAUGUAAUUUAAGGUAGUUAAUAAAUGUUCCUAAGUUAUAUUGUCGAUACAUAUUUUUAGAUCAAUUUAUUCUAUUUUCCAAUUUUAAUGAUUAUACAAUUUUUAAAUGUCUACAUAAAUUUAAAAAUAUAUUAAAACGUGAAUAUCGUCAAUACCAUUGUUCAUUUAACGAUUAUGUUCGUUAAACAAUACUUUUUCCUUUGUGUUAAAUAAUCUUUUUCAAUCAAAACGUCAACGUCUACCGUGUCGCUUUCUUUAUUCAAUAUAAGUGUGAAUGAGACAACAUUACAAUGACGUCGGCAUCUUGAUUUUGUGUAAUUAUGAACAAUAUAAUGCCCGCUCUGAAUUCGCGGCGCGUAAGCCCGCGAAGGCUGUGAAAUGCAAGUGCGGAUGGGUUGGUUGACUUGGCGUUCGCGCUUCGCGGCGUUUCCCGUUCAGUGUCGGUUUUUAGUCAUGCGAAGGGAAAUGAAAGGGAAGGGCGAUGCGAGUGUAGAAGAACAAUUUUUUUUCGCGAAUUUGCCUAAAGUUUACGGCCGCGAUUCAUGGGCGACCGCUUAACGUUUGACAUAUAUAUGUUGUCUUAUUCACAUCAAUUUUGCUUGUAGUAAUAUAAUAGAUAUAUUUUUUUAUUUCCUGUUAUUAUAAAUUAUUAAUACUCUAAUGAACAGUUUGCUUUCUGUACCGUACCAAUUACAAUACUCAAAAAAAUAUAUAUAUUUAUAUUUUUUCAUAAGUAUUUCGGAAAUGUUUUUUAAUGAAAUAACUCUUUUUGCGAGCAAAGUCCAUUAGUUAUAAUUUGUCAGGGCUUUAAAUUGUACAAAUUACAAGGGGGGAGGAGGAAACAUAAUUGGGUGCUAAUUAUAAAACUUUGUUUAGUGGGUGUAGUUAAACAAUUAUUGAUCUAUUUCUGUGACAAUUCAUUUACCAUUCGAAAGAUAAAGACACAGCAUUGUUUAACUAAUCGCCCCCAAAACAACAUUCAUAGGGAAGCAUAAAUACUAUGGUAAAGCAGUAUGUGGUUCCACUACAAUAAUUGUCAAUUUCUUUGUUUACAUCUAUUGCAAUUAUUCAGAAAGUCAGCUACAUAAAGUUUUUUUAAAAAUUUUGUCGACAGUGCGUGUUUAGAAACUAAAAGUUACCAAUUAUGAUUUGGUGAAAACGCAGUCUUAAGUAAUGCAAUAAAAUUCUAUUUUAUAAAUUGUAGCCUUGUAUUAAACAAUAGACAUGCUGUAUUCUUUUAUUGAAUUGGAUUAAUAUUGAAUGUUGGAAAAACCAUGAGGAAUGGAUUUUGCAGUACUUGUAUUUAUUUGUUCUGUCUCAGAAACAUCUCAAAUGAUUAUUCUAAAUAACAGACACAGAAUCAAAUUUUUAAGCAAUAGCUUUAUCUAAGACAGAUAAAAAAAAAUUCAAUGGAGUAAGGAUUUUUCUAUAUUUCUAUAUAUUUAUCCGGGCUCAAAAAUAUGAUAAUAUAAUCAAUUUUAAUAAUAAUAGAGAAUCAAAUUGUUUUACCAGCUGCCUUAUCUUAGACAGAUACAUCAAUAAACUCUGCUUACAUUUAUAUGUAAUAUAUAAGUUUAUGUAGAUGUAUACAAAUGUUCCACGUUAAAGUUAUCAUUGUCAUAAUAAGUAUUAUUAUUAUUUUUAUUUAAAAAAAAGCUGUAAAUAUAACUGUGCUCACUAAGUGCCAAUUUUCUAGAUUCCUAGUAUUAAGUAGGUAAUUGCAUAUUUCUGCGGUAUUGUGAUGUGAACGAUGAGUGAUUAUUACGAAAUUAAAUUUUU